AUGCAUCCGCAUCUACAUACGAAGAACGCUUUGGCGUGCGAGGACAUCAUCGCCGUGCUUGAAGAGUGCCACUCCAAAGGCUUCAUGCACAAGGCCACCGGCGGCUGCAACGGCGUCAAGGACCAGGUCAACAAGUGCCUGCGCGAAGAACGGAGCAAGAUGCAAGCCGAGAACAGGGCCGCCGCCAGGGCCAAGCGCGACCGAAUCAAGGAGGAACAAAAGGCACUAGGCCUGUGA